UGAAUAAUAUUUCAAUAGCAUUGGUUUUUCUCUAUGCUUUUUUGAAAUUUGAAAUGUUUGAAUCAAAUCAGGUUAUGAUCAAUGAAAAUAGUGCGCCAAAAAUUGUGAUAUAAACUGAAAAAAAGCUGUGUUUGUUACCGUUGUUUAGAAUUAAUAAUGCCUUCAUUUACUAUUCGUGGAGUACCAGUUGAGUUUCCAUUUGAACCUUACGAAAUUCAAAAAAAUUACAUGGAAAAAGUUAUUGAGUGCCUUCAAAAUGAAACUACCGCAAUUUUAGAAUCUCCCACGGGUACUGGAAAGACUUUAUCCUUACUAUGCUCAUCUUUAGCAUGGUUAAAUUUAAGAAAAGCACAAAUCGAAGCUGCAAGUUUACAAGUUUAUUCUGAGGAAAGUGACUUUUUGCAGCAAAUAAAUAAAAAUAUUAAUCGAGGUGUAGGGGAGAUGCCUCGCGAGUUGCUAGAUAUACCCACUAUAAUUUAUGCUUCACGAACUCAUUCUCAAAUAUCACAAGCUAUGCAAGAACUUAAAAGAUCUGCUUACAGACAUGUGAAGGCUGUUGUUAUAGGUUCAAGAGAUCAGUUAUGUAUUCAUCCAGAAGUUAUAAAAGAAGAGUCACGAGAUACAAAGAUAAAUAUGUGUCAAUUAAAAAAGAAAACGAGAUCUUGCAAUUAUUACAACAGAGUGGAUCAUAUGUUGAGAGACAGAGCUGUAAUAGAAACUGAUGUGGUUGAUAUAGAGGAUUUACUUAAACUGGGUGAAAAGCAUAAGUUUUGUCCAUACUAUAUGUCCAGUAGCCUUAAAAAAACUGCUGACAUAGUUUUUAUGCCAUAUAAUUACUUACUUGAUCCACAAAUUAGAGAAGGAUUAGAUUUAACACUUAAUGGUAGCAUAAUAAUAUUAGAUGAAGCUCAUAAUGUUGAAAGAAUUUGUGAGGAUGUGGCCUCAUUGCAAAUUAAAUCAACAGAUAUAACACUAUGUAUUGAAGAAGUUACUGAAGUAAUGAAAAGCAUGACAGAAGAUCCUGUUUCAUUUAAUGAUAAUAAUGUGCCUAAAGAUUUUACACCUGAUGAACUUUGUGUUCUUAAACAAAUGUUUCUUGAUUUUGAAAAAGCAUUAGAUGAAAUUCAACUAAAAAAUGGACCAGAAGGAACCACAUUUGAUGGUGUAUUCAUAUUUGACUUGUUAGGAAAAGCAAAUAUUUCAGUUUCAAACUUUACUAACGUGAUAAGUUUAAUUGACAAAAUUACUCAAUUCUUAACUGCUGUUCAACAGGGUCCUUUUGGUAGAAAAGGCACAGGUUUAAACCAUUUCAAAAAUAUGCUUAAAAUAGUUUUUCUUGAUAGAAGUCCAGAAUGUAAAAAUAGAGUCAAUAAGUGCUACAAGGUUCACAUUGAAACAGAAGACGUUAAGAAAAGGAAUAGUAACAGUUCUUGGUUUGAUAAGAAAGCAACUUCUUCAAAAUCAGUGUGUAGGGUUUUAAAUUAUUGGUGUUUUAGUCCAGGUUUUGGAAUGGACAUGCUUAUGUCACAAGGUGUCAGAAGUGUCGUUCUUACUAGUGGUACUCUGGCUCCUUUAAAUCCUUUAAUAACCGAAUUACGUAUUGAUGUUAAAAUCAAAUUAGAAAAUCCACAUAUAGUUGGGAAUAAUCAAGUAUGUGUUCGGGUUCUUACAGCCGGUCCUGAUUCCGAAAAACUCAACUCUUCAUAUCAAAAUAGAGAUAAUCCGAAAUAUGUGUCAUCACUUGGUAGAACAAUUUUAAAUUUAUGUCGUAUCAUUCCUGAUGGUUUACUUAUAUUCUUUCCGUCUUAUCCUUUGUUGCAAAAGUGCCAGAAUCGAUGGCAAGAAGAAGGAAUCUGGAGCAAUAUUAGUCAAAUUAAGCCAAUAUAUGUAGAGCCAAGACAAAAAAAUGCUUUCAACAACGUAAUGAACGAUUACUACUCAAAAAUAAAAGAUGUUACUUGCAGAGGAGCAAUAUUUAUAGGAGUAUGCCGAGGUAAAAUUUCUGAAGGGCUGGAUUUUGCAGAUGUAAACGGCAGAGCCGUAUUGAUAGUAGGUCUACCUUUUCCUCCUAUAAAAGAUCCACGAGUUGUCCUAAAGAAAAGAUAUUUAGAUCUUUGUAACGUAACCGAUAAAGAAUUCUUAAAAGGUAACGAAUGGUACAGUUUGGAAGCUAUUAGGGCUGUUAAUCAAGCAAUGGGGCGAAUUAUUAGACAUAGGUAUGAUUACGGGGCUAUCAUUUUACUAGAUGAAAGAUUCAAAGAAUCGAGAAUCCAAUCUCAGUUAUCUUUUUGGUUGAGAGAUCGUAUACAGACUGUUAAUUUUGGGCAAAUUUUUGGUGACUUGCGACGAUUUUUUAUUAAUGCUAAAGAGAUGUUCCCCAUUUCUUCAGAAAAAAAUAGUAGAGUGCAGUAUGACGAUUCAAGUAAUUGUAAUAAGUGGAUAGGUGGUAACACAGGAAAAUUCGACUUCAGCACCAGCACUAAUUGUGGUUUUGAUAAAUCCAGCAUUUCUUCCUCUAGUUUAGUUACUAUUCAUAAAAAAACAGAUUCUGAGGUAAAUAAUCCCCCAAAAAGAAAAAAAAUUGUUCUUGUUCAUUCUGUUCAAGACGACUCAGAAAAUAAAAGGGAAGCAGAUUACAAAGAUUAUAUUACUCUUGCAAGAACUCAUCUAAAGUCUCAAGAGUUUAAAGAUUUUCUAAAUGCUCUUAGCAAUUAUGGUAACCAUUAUGAUAUAAAUGAAUUAACUCGGGAAUUAGAUAAAAUAUUUCUUAAUAAUUACAAUAAUCUGCACAGGGCAAAGUCCAACUCUUGCUCUCUAACUAUUGCUGUCACUGAUAUCAAUGCUUUAAAGCGCAUGAAUAUAAACAAUUAG